AUGUCAGACCCAGACGUCCCCAAGAGCAACAAGGCCUUCGUGCCCCUCGAAAACAACCCCGAAGUAAUGUCCCACCUCGUCCAUCAACUUGGCCUCCCCCCGUCGCUAGGCUUCACAGACGUAUUCUCCCUCGACGAGCCGGACCUCCUCGCGCUCGUCCCGCGCCCCUCACAAGCCCUCCUCCUCGUGUUCCCCGUCUCAAAAACCUACGAAUCCAGCCGCAUCGCCGAAGACAGUUCUCUCCCUGAAUACAGCGGCUCGGGACCAAAUGAGCCUGUCAUGUGGUUCAAGCAGACGAUCCGCAAUGCCUGUGGGCUGAUUGGCCUCUUACAUGCAGUGUCGAACGGCGAGGCCAGGGAGCAUAUUGUGCCCGGCUCGGAUUUGGAAGCGCUGCUGAAGGAGGCGGAGGGGCUGGAUCCAAUCAAGCGCGCUGAUCUGUUGUAUGAGAGUAAGGCGUUGGAAAGUGCGCAUGCGGAUGCGGCGAAGUUGGGAGAUACCAAGGCGCCUACGGCUGAGGAUGAUGUGGACUUGCACUUUGUGGCGUUUGUCAAGGGUGGUGAUGGGAGGCUGUGGGAGCUGGAUGGACGGAGAAAGGGGCCGCUGGAGCGGGGCGUUCUUGGGCCUGAUGAGGAUGCGUUGAGUGAGCGGGCUUUGGAGUUGGGUGUCAGGAGGUUCUUGGAUAUUGAGGCCAAGGGCGGGAACCCGGACUUGAGAUUUAGUCUUGUUAGCUUGGGGGCUGUCUUUGAUUGA